UCUUGUUUUACCUAAAGAUGAAUUGAAGUCAAUCCAGUUUCCUCUUGAGCUUUCCCACUACCUUUCCAGUGUUGAUUUAUUCAACUUAUAGAGAGAUAACUGUCAAAUAGAAGCCACAGCAGAUAUGCCCCUGCACUUUGCUCUCAGGGUAACAGGAAAAACAGAGACAGUAAGGCGACUACAGGCUAUGAAAAGUGAGUUAAUGUUGCUGACCAUAUCUAGACUGUACAAAAUGAUUCUGUUCUUGUUUUGGGGUUUUAAAUAUCAAGCUUAGGGGACAAACUGUGGAGCUAAAGCCUCCCCAAGUGACUUUAAUCAAGAACCAAAACAGAGCAAAGGAGGAGGGCAUGAACUUUUGUUUCCAUAACAGGACAUUCAGUGUCACUUCUUCUCAGCCAAUCACACGCAGCUCUCUCUUUAAGAGUGGAGGACCAGUGACGAUCCUCCACAUUCAUCGAGAUAUUUUGAUCAUGAUGACAUCUCUGAAGUUGGCUUUACUCCUGAUCUGUCUUUACGGGUGGAUAGAAGCCUUGACAAGUGUGUCAAGAUUGCACGCAUCUGUACGCCAAGAGAGUGACUAUGUGUCGGCUAACUUUGGGGACAAUGUGACAUUACGAUGUUUCUACAAAGGAAAUGUUGCAGCAAUGAUUUACUGGUACAAACAAGCUCUGGGACAGAAGCCACGGCUCAUCUCUAGUUUCUAUAAACACGAUACAAAGGCCACUUUUAGUGAUGAGUUCAAGGACGAUCCACGCUUCACGAUGGAAUCUGAUUCUGUUAACAAUCAUCUAACAAUCACACAUUUGCAGCCUUCAGAUUCAGGCACCUAUUACUGCAUGAGUGGCUAUGCAUACAAUUUCCAGUUUGUAGAGGGAACUUCUGUCAGUGUAAAGGGCUCAGGAUGGAAUAUAACAGCUUUGGUCCAUGAGUCGGCAUCUGAGACCACCCGGCCAGGAGGCUCAAUGAGCUGCACAGUAAACGCAGGGAGCUGUGAUGGAGAACACCGUGUGUACUGGAUCAAAAACUCUGAAGAAUCUCAACCAGGACUCAUUUACACCCACGGAGGCAGGAGUGAUCAGUGUGAGAGGAAACCCAACACAGAAACAAACACUUGUGUCUACAAUUUGCCAACGAAGAACCUGAAUCUGUCUCAUGCUGGGACCUACUACUGUGAAGUUGCCGCAUGUGGACACAUUCUGUUUGGAAACAGGUCCAAAUCGGACUUGGCAGAUGAGAACAACUCUCCUGGCUCUCUCGUGUUGUUCUUGAGUGGAAGUUUGGCAUUCACCUCCAUCCUGGUUGUUUUACUGACGGUCUCAGUUUACAGUUUGAACAAAGGAAGCUGUCGAUGUUCAGAGUCUCCAAGAGUGUCAGCCACAACAACUGAGAGUAACCAGGAUCCCGACAACCUCCAUUACGCUGCUCUGAGGGGUCACAGGGCCAACAGAUCCAGAACACAGAGGGUCAACAGGGAUGAAUGUGUGUACUCCAGUGUCAGACAGUAGAGCUGCACAACUUGUGGUGCUUUGUAAUUUGUGUGUGUGUUUUGUGCAUUUUUGUACUCUUAUGAUUAGGGAUGCACCUGAAAGACUUUUAUCACCGAAACAACAUGGCUGAAACAAAAGGUUGUGAUGAUGCAAGCAAAAAACGCGACCAGCAAGCGUUUGUCUGGAUAAGUCCAACAUGUCUGCAUCCGUUCUUCCUUUAACUGCAGCACUAAAGCGUCUUCUAAGCAAAGAGGUUGAGACGGACCACGGAGUGAA